ACUGUCCGUUCUUGUCAUUGGUAUGACAGACAUCUUGAUGUCUUGCACGAAUAUCUUAUGCAUACUUAAACGUAGAAAAAGCGUUAUCAUUUGCACCUGAUAUAUUGAUAGCUGUAUGCUUGUGUUGUAGGCUUGAACCUUGUAAAGAGCGUAUUAGAAAAGUACCUAGAAAGAGACCCACACUAAUGUACAAAGUCAAAGUCGCAAUCCUGUUUAUCAAAAUCAAUUUUUAUCGGGUACCUACGACAAAGACUUUAUCAGUAUUGAUAUCGAGAUACGGAGAUGGCUGUUUGUAAUAGACUUAGUACGUCAGUUCGAUCGGAAUACCUCAUAAAAGCAAAGUUUGGAAGGUGGUGCUUUUCUCAGAAAAAAAUACCUCAGUGACAGGUGACGUAAUUCACGUGGGUGCAAUGAAUAUCCUUUACGGGAUGUCCGUUUUUGCACUGUGCGCGAAUUUUUACUACGGGGCCAACGGACAGGCCACUUGCUCGCUGUCCUACGAUGAUGAGACCGAAUUGCAAUCGAGUUAUUGGGAGUUUGGAUUGGUGUUGCCUGAUAUAUCAGACGUUACCGAGCCGGGUACCAUUCUCCUAAAUAUGACUGCUACUUCUAUCACACGCAUCAGUUCUAUUCAAAUAACCAGUGCAAGUAAAUCGACUUUCAUGCAACCUACUCUGGUGGACAAUCGCUUUGUUCUGACCCUAACAGAUUCUUUCACGAACUAUGAACAGCUAGAGAUUGCACCGUCUAUACGAAUAACGGUAACAUUUGUUUGCACGACGGAUAACAGGUUGUUGGAAAUUAAUCAGCCGAUAACUGAUACCAAUAAUCAUUAUCCAGAGUUCCAAGGAACCCCUUACAUAUAUGAAUUGCCGAUGCCCUUCCCGGCAAAUUUUCCCAUCGAACUAUUCGGAGAUAUAUCAGCCAGAGAUAUUGAUCUUACGAAUGGGAAUAUCAGUUUUACUCUGAAUUCAUCCGAUCCAGUUGCCGAUGGAUUUUCGGCUUACUGGUUGUCCCAAGAUGCGAGUGAUACCAAAUUACAUUUUGCCGAGUUAUUGACGACCACCCUCCUGAGGCUCACUGGCAAGAUUACUUUCGACAUAUUUGCAACGGAUAUCGGUACUCCUCCUUUGACGUCUAAAACAUCUAUUACUAUCGGUGUGGAUGAAGCAAACUCUACCCCAAAUAGUCCGAUCUUUGCUCAUCCUGUUUACAUCACUGAUCAGUCUAAUCUCACGAUCGAAGAGGCAAAAGGCAUUGUCCUUUCUUUUGACCAAGGCGACAUAAGCUUGAGUCAAGGAGCCGCCAGUACGGUGAUAUUCGAUAUCACUGACAAUAUUGGCAGUAACGAAAACAACUUUCUAUUAACGAUGAGCGAAGACUAUGAGUCCGUAACUGUAACGCUACAAAAUGUAUCUGAAGAAUUUCUGGCUCAAAAAUUUUCAAUCUUGACUCUGACCGCAACAAGAUCGGGUGCAUCGGAUCCUGGAGUUACUAUCUUGCACGUUACUUUGCCUGGAAUACUUUCGGACAUUCCGUGCCCAGAAGAAUGCUCAACGCCCGCGGAUUGUCCGGAAGUCGCAACCGAAGUCACACCCUCACUUCCGGAGUGUGUUUGCAAUGAAACUACACCAGCACCACUACCAACAACUGCUACUUUGCUUUUCCCCAGUAAUAUUUACAGAUUUGAUAAGGAAUCUACGUAUACUGGAAUUUUGAUGAAGCAAACGGCGGUCGCGACAAAUGCUGAAGGAACAAUUUUGUACGAUGUGGUUAUUGACGACGCGGGACUUGCAUCCAAGAUUACGAUUGACACGAUAACAGCGGAAGUGCAAGUCACAGCUGCUAUUAGUCCAGCUACCUACACGUUCCAGAUCACAGCGAAAAUCGAAGAGUUGGAACUUAGUACGGCGACAACUGUCGUUCUCGUUAUCAGUACGCUAACGGAUUGCAACGGUGAAUCCGUCUUCGAUUAUGCUCUUCGGAUUAUCGAACUCGAUGAAGAAUCACCUCACGAAAAUAUCAUCCCUAUAGAUGACAAUGGUUGCGAAUACACAAUAUAUUCGCAAACACCCAACGAAGAUUUAUUCUCCAUAAGUGGGAAUCACCUAAACGCGGUUGCAAUUGAUCGAGAGGCUUCCUACUUCAGCGAAACGUCAAUAGCUCAAGUCCGUGUCGUCAUUGAUGCUAGUUGUCUAAACGAAAACACAACGGAUUUCAAAACAACUAUUCCGAAUAGAAGUACGAAAAAUGCGAUUCUGACUGAAAAUAUUCAAUACAUACGUACGAGAACAACUCUGAUAGUCAUAAUCAAUGACAUCAACGAUAACGCUCCUGUUUGGAGCUCGGAAACUCCUUCGUGUAUCGCGUUUCCGGGUCAUGCUCUGGCACAAAUCAUUAACGUUCCUUACGUUUACGAGUUUUCGGCAACUGACGCUGAUAUUGGUGACAAUGGUAUCGUUACCUAUACCUUACGAAUGGCAAACGAUCCUGCCGAUAUUUUUUACAUCCAAAGUGAAAGUGGCACUCUUUACAUACAAAAGGGAGUAUACGUUAGGAAUGAUUUGACAUUCACGGUUAUUGCUACCGAUGGUAAACAUGAAACGCCCAAAGAUAUUACUAUGCGAAUGUUGGAAGCCACAAACGUAGUGGUCCUAUUCGUUGACGGUGGUGUCCUCGAAGAUACCAAUGCAAUCGUCAACGAGAUCGGUACAAACACGGGACUUGAGGUCAGGUCGAUCGGAUCAGCCGUUGUUUCGGCUAGCGAUGCUCCGAAUGCAACUGUUGGAGACCCUCCGCAUUUACAUUCGAUAUUUAUUACCCGCGAAGCAAAGAGGGACGUUAGACCGAACACGCUGCUUCGACUCGUUCUUUACGGUCUUGAAGACAACAUUCUAUUGGACAGUAAAACUCUACUCUCGUCCCUAGAACAUGCUAGCCUCAACUGGACGGUCGCUGACGCGGCAACAUUUGAGGCGAUUGUGAAUUCAAAGAUUGAAGAUUAUCCAAUGGAAGUAAAUACCCGGGGAUACUGGGCGGCUAUAAUCGUCCUGUCCGUGGUUCUGAUAUUGUUCAUAAUCGUUUCAAUCGUUGUCUACGUUUUAUUUUGCAGACCUCCCAAGGCAACGUCAGUCGAAUCUGAUGUGACUUAUGAAUACUUUGAAAAUCGUAAUUCGAACGGCAGUAACGAAAAUAACCCCCCGAAAACGAUAACCUUGGCCGAUGCACACGAACGAUCGGAGUCUACAGAUUCGGCGAAUGCUGCUUGGAUUGAUAAACAGAAGAUACCAUCAUCGGUAGAGAAUUUAGACUCCAAUUACGGUCGUAAGUCCUUCAGUGUUCUGAAAGACAGCAAUGAUGAUGAUUUUUUUAAUAUUUCACGAACCCAAAGCAUGUCAGACUUAGGGGCGAGUGAAAAUUCAAAGAGAAAAUCGGUGGCGUUCAAGAACACCGUAGAAGAAAUCGAAGUUGACAGGCUCUAACGACUGAGCCAAGGAUAUUAAAAGUCAAAUAUAAUACCUAAAAAUAUUGAAGAUGAAAUAAUAAUUUAACUAUAAGUGUACCUACAGCUGUAGCCUACGUUCGAAUAUUUUUAGUAUACUCAUAGAAAAUUAACAAAAACGGACUGCUUUGACUGCAGAAGUGACGCCGAAUAUAUCAGAAGGUCGUGUGGUACCAUCGAUACGUGAAAUUUAUAAAUAAAUUAUUGCAAUGUUUAAUAAUGCUGCUAAACGCAAUUAAGAUCCGAAAAGAACGAAAUGAAGACCGAUUGCGACGCAACUCAAAUUCAUUGGCAAUGCAAUGCGAGUGCUACGCAUUCCUGCAUGUUGGUUGAAUGAAGAACGAAAGAAAAAAAAACAAGGAAGAGCAAAGGACAAGGUCCCCCGUGCAGCAAGGGUAACGCCAUUCACGAUCAUCUUACCCUUGCGCUGUCGAUUGCAUAUAUUCAUCCAUUAUACUCAUACCUAAUCGGGACUUCCGUGCUAUCUCGCGAUAGUUCUCGAUUUCUCAUCAUUGCCGAUUUAAUUGAGUUUGCAAGAAGAAUUUAAUUUUUGUAAGAAGUUUGUAUAUCGCUAACCUCAUGGUUCAAAGUGAAUUUCUGCAGAUUAUCUCUGACGAUCAUAAGUACAGGGAAUAGAAAUUGAAGGCUGAUAAAUUAUAGCCAUAAAAACAAGUCCCAGGCGAAGAAGUGCAGAAGGCAUUGUUCGAUAUUUGAGAAGCGGCAGCUGAUGUUGGGACCUUGGGAGACUUAUGAAUGCUAUUGUACGAUAGCUGCAUCUUACAUUAUAUUUAACGUAUACGUAUACUGUGACUUCCAUUUGUAGAGACGUUGGAGAACGUGGUAAAUAUAACAGAGGAUGGCUGUUGACGCGCGUUUAGAAUACUUUAGAAAAACUAAUCGAUAUAAUAUCACGUGCUUGAACGAAAGUUUAUUCCUAACACAUGCACAAGUAUUUCUACCUGCGCAACCCUGUAAAAAUUAAUCCAAUCGAUAUGUAAAACGGAAGACAAACGUAAUCAAGUAUGCUCGGAUAUGAACAUGAAUUAUAAGCAGAAUAUCUAAUGAUAACUCGUACAUAAUCAUAAAGUGGUCUAACGAUCAUCUUAGGAAUGAAAUAAACACGAAAUGAGUAAUAA